AUUUGGAGCAGCUGUCAAGAGAAACACUUCGACCGGACUGAAAUGUAGAAGAAAAUAAAAACAUUUGACACAGAAUUGUUUUUUAGGAACAUUUUCCUUUACUUUUAAUAGACUUUUUUUUUCUCCUCCACUGAAAAGUCCGUUCUUGAAAUGUUUGGGAUGGUUAUUUUAGGUGUAUUAAACGUCAAGAGCUGCGUAAGCGGGCAGUGCUGGUGCUACAGAAUGAUCCAGCCUACAGCCGUCGUGCCUUCACCAGUGAAGACGAAGCAUGGAAGUCCUUCCUGGAGAACCCUCUUACAGCUGCCACCAAGGCCAUGAUGAGCAUUAAUGGAGAUGAGGACAGUGCUGCUGCUCUAGGCCUUCUUUAUGACUAUUACAAGGUGCCACGGGAAAAGAGAACAAUAUCCCAGCCAAAGGCCGACAUCCUCGGCUCUGAUGUGGAUCCCAACAAAAGCAGGAACCUCAUGGCUCCUCUCCCAGAAGCCUCAAUGACAUCGGGCGAGAACAGGAUCCAGGUUCUGAAGGGAGUCCCGCUGAACAUCGUGCUCCCUAGUAGCCAACUGGUGCAGGACAAGCGAGCGCUGUUCCCCUCACCCGACACCACAGUCACUGUGUCAAUUGCAGCUAUGCCCAAUUACCCUGUAAAGACUGAGGAGCCAUCACAUUCUUUCUCCGUCACCGUGCCUAACCCGCACUGCUCUGAGCCUGAGGGUCAUGGAGUGGCAUACGAGCGUCCGCUUGCCCACAGUCAGUUCAGCCCCAACGCACAGCCCCGAACACCAGAUUCUACCUUCCCUGAGACCUUCAAGGACGGGGGGCAUGAGGUGUUCUCAUUCCCAGGGGAGCUCCAGUUACGGAUGGACUAUCCCGCCUUCGACACCAUGUCAGGUAAUAAUUUUGAGUACACACUGGAAGCCUCAAAGUCCCUCCGACAGAAGUCAGGUGAUGGCACAAUGACAUACCUCAAUAAGGGCCAGUUCUACCCUAUCACUCUAAAGGAAACAGACAACAGCAAAGUCCUUCACCAUCCCAUCUGCAAAGUCAGGAGUGUUGUGAUGGUAGUGUUCGGUGAGGAGAAAUGCAGGGAUGACCAGCUCAAGCAUUGGAAGUAUUGGCACUCCAGACAGCACACGGCCAAACAGAGAUGCAUUGACAUCGCCGACUACAAAGAAAGCUUUAACACCAUCAGCAACAUCGAGGAGAUCUCCUACAACGCUAUCUCCUUCACAUGGGACAUCAACGAGGAGGCAAAGAUCUUCAUCUCAGUCAACUGCCUGAGCACAGACUUCUCGUCUCAGAAGGGUGUAAAGGGUCUCCCGCUAAACCUGCAGAUCGACACGUACAGCUACAACAACCGCAGCAACAAGCCUAUUCACCGUGCCUACUGCCAGAUCAAGGUGUUCUGCGACAAGGGUGCAGAGAGGAAGAUCCGGGAUGAGGAGCGCAAACAGUCACGCAGGAAGGGCAAAUGUGCUGAAGUGAACCCCAACCUGGCGUUUGUGGAUGCCAAAAUGCCUCUGAUGCACAAGCGUAGUGAUAUGACAGUGUUUAAGAUGAUGACAGACCUGGACACUCAGCCUGUCCUUUUCAUCCCAGACAUCCACUUUGCAAAUUUCCAGCGCCAUCCCUUCUCUCCUGAGGAUGCAGAAGAUGGGUCAGGAAUGAAAAGAUUACCCUACUCAGAAGACGAGUUUGGAUCUCCUCCUAAUAAGUUGGCCAGGGUGGAUGAACCAAAGAGAGUUUUGCUGUAUGUGCGGAAAGAGAGCGAAGAGGUCUUCGAUGCGCUCAUGCUGAAGACUCCAACACUGAAAGGACUAGUGGAAGCGAUUUCAGAGAAGUAUGAGGUUCCAAUUGAGAAACUGGGGAAGGUCUACAAGAAGUGCAAAAAGGGGAUCCUGGUCAACAUGGACGAUAAUAUUAUCAAGCACUACUCCAAUGAGGACACCUUUCAGAUCCAGAUGGAGGAGAUGGGUGGAAUGGUGAAGCUCACGCUCACUGAGAUUUGAAUGGCCUCCUCCCCCAAUAUGGACGGUUUACAUGCCUCUGUGUCUUUGUCCAUGGCCUUGGAGGUACCUCAGGCCUUCCAUGCACUUCUUAUCUGUGGUUUCCUACAUGUAGCUGAGACUAAGAUUUUCUCCCCUAAUCUCCCCAAGUCCUAUUUUGUGUGUGCAUUUAUUUUGAUAUGUGAAGUGUAUGCCAAACUAUGCAAUGUAUGAAAUGAGAAUGGAGGGGAAAAAAUUCAUAUGCCUUGAUAUAUAAAUCCUGAAGUUUUGAGCCAUAUGUUCUGUUUUUGGAAUGUAAAAAAACGGCAAAUGCCUGUGGUUUUGAAUAGUCUGAGAAUCUGAGAAAAAGCUGAGUUACUCAGAGCUGAGUUAAAAAGUCAGAUUUUAAUAUUUAAUCGGUGUUAUAGAGCUUUAAAACCAAUGGCACUGGAGAUCGUGAUAUUUAAAGGCUACAGCUGAAUGCAUGCAGUAAAUGGGGUAUUGUUGCUGUUAGAGGGAUUUUAGGGCAUUCUCAUUGGUUUCUGUAUUUAUACAUAAACACUGAGCAGUAUUUAGUGUGUACAGCAUAACCCCCUGCUGAGCAGCUCUAUGAGGUACUGUGUCACCAGUGUUGCUUGUGUAUGUAUGUGUGUAUAAGUGCAUAUUAUUUCUAUAUACAAACGUGUAAAGACAAAUGACAAUUUCAUCCAAAACAAGUAAUAUGUCCUUAAAGUGAAUUCUGUCAUUUUUGCAUGUCACAGCGGAAAGUUCUUGUUCUGGGUGCAAACAAGGAACAUUUUUGUGUGACUUAAUGUCCCUGAUGGAAAAACAAACAGAGCAACUUGAUGAUUCCAUGCAGAUUUUUGCUCCUGGUGCUGGUUAACUAGCAAAACCAGACAUCAGGGACCAUAAAUAAAUAAUUUGUUUGGUAACACACUAGUCAGACACUAAUAAUUUUUUUUAUGAUUCUAAUCUAAAGUGUUUUCCAUGAACCAAAAUGUCUAAAAACACCCCCACAAGAGUAAACGUUUCCAAUAGAUCAUGAUAAAUUACUCAUGCAGAACCAGGACUAUCAUGCAAGACAAGACAUGCGGGAGUUUCUGGAUACAGAAUGCCAAGUCAAUAGUAUUACAUUUAGACUAUCGGUAGUUUGUUCAGUGUCCAUGGAUCAUUGCUUUCUCUUAAAUUUUGUCUUUAUUAUCGUCUUUAUAAGUCAUUCUAUUUGAGUCUUUUUUUAAAAAACUACAGGCUGUAUAGCAUCAGGCUUUUUUUUUUUUUUUUAAACAAAACAGUUUUCUAACUCUGAUGAUUUUUGUAUCAAAGUACUUAUCUAUAUAUUUAUUGUUAUAUUUGGGUGGGGUAUUUUUUUAUAUUGUUCUGCAAACAAAAUGUGCAUUGCUGUUAUAUACUGUUACAUGCUUUUAUAUGGAAUCAACACUAUAAAACUAUGAUGUAUUUAUGCACAAGGUAGAUUUGUAAUUCUAUCAGCUCCUACAGCACUAUUUCCAUCAUGAUCCUUACAGCUACAUCUUCGAUUUGAUGUAAAGGUCAUCUACCAAUGUUUAUCAGAAUAGAAAAGGCUCAGAUAUUCUUUGCUGUAUGGCUUUAGCUGUUAUUAUGUGCACACAUUUUCUUUUAGUCGCAAUAAAAGCCAGCUUGGCUUGGCUGUUGUGAUUG